UCCUGAUAUGGAUGAAAGUGUAAUAAAAGCUCACAACAAAAUGUUUCCACGUACACAGGCGUAAAAUCAAUUAGGUCCAUCACUGUACAAGAUGAAGAACCCAGCUUGUGAAUAUGGACGCGGACAUGAUUAUUUGCUGUUUUCGGUAUCAGAAACAUAAAGUUGACUAUCAUUGGUUAAUGGUCCCCUCUUCUCUCAAUUAAUCCAUGUAAACUUUCAACGGAUUGGUGGAAAUUGACAUCUACACUAUACUCGGGGAAAUAUGUAUGAUUUUCAGAGAAUGAUUUGCAAUUGUGAUAACUCAAAGAGUGAAUUUACAACUUAUAAAGAAGUGAUUUUUAUAAGUGAAGUGGUGGAAUGCUGCUGACAUCAAAAGUUAUUCGAUAUGUUAGAAUUUGUAUCGUGUUUGGUGUGACAUUUCAGUCAUGAAUGCACGAUUUGUCUUGACCGGGUAUCUUUUAACGCUCUUCGCUUACUUCCUGGAAUCCAAAGUCCAAACCAAUGUCGUUAAAGUCGGAUUCAUAAUUCAUAAAGAGACAGAAGAUUCUAUGAAGUUAUGGAAUGCCAUACGAUACAAGCUGAAGAAAAUGGAGAAUUCGGUUGGCAGGACAUGGGUCCAGAUAGAGGCACUAGAAGAGUACCAACAAGAUCUUCUUUUUGACACGGAGGAUAUCGUUCAACUUCACAGGGAGGUGUGUAAAAAGGUUGGACAAGGAGCAAAAACAAUUGUGUUUGUCGGAACAGCCAAGUCCACUGUCGCCAUGCACUCUAUAGCAGACAAGGUGUCUAUUCCGGUUAUAAUGCCACUGUCCACGAAACAUUCAAAAACUCAGAGCGAGUUCAUCGUCUCCUUAAAACCGUCCCUAAACAGACCCAUCAUCGAUGUAAUCGAGAAAAAUGGCUGGAACAGAGUCUUUUAUCUUUUCGACUCCAAUGAAGGACUUUUACGAUUGCAAUCCUUUUAUCGAGAACUUGCUGAGAGGCAGUCUGCAAAUGACGUCAUCAUUCGAUCCCGGCGGAUAACUAAUAUAUCUGAUAGUUAUGAGCUGUUGCGUUCAAUAGACAGAGAUGAAUUAAACUGUUCCAGUCUGUAUAUGUGUCCGUGUUCCCGCCCAAUCAUAUUAGACCUAUCCAGCGUCGCUGCUUUCAACGAAACACGUAAACAGAUUAUUGAUGUCGGUAUGAAUAGAGAACAAUAUCACUACAUAUUGGCAAACCUUGGAGCAGAUGAGUUAGAUUUGUCAUCCUUUAAAUAUGGCGGCAUGAACGUCACGGGGUUUUCCAUUAUGGAUCCAACUUACGAAGAAAAUAUUCAACAAAGUGACUGUUACUCGUAUGAAGGACUUUGUCCAAUUAACCAUAAACAUUCUCUUGUUAUGGAUACAUUGGAGUUCUUAAGCCACGCAGUAAACCGCCAGGAAUUUAUUCAGAGUCUUUAUCAAACUUUGCGAACCAGCAAUAGCUGUGCAGUUUCUGAUCAACAACAAAUAUUUGGAAGAGGUUUCUUGAAUAUAAUCAAAAGUACGAAAGUAAAGAGUCUGACCAAUACGGGAACAGGUACCCUGGCACUGGAUGGUCACGGGAAUAGGAAGGAUUACAUGCUAGAAGUCAAAUUCUUCACCUUUAACUCGUCCAAAUUGGAUAAGGUGGGAAUUUGGCAGGAAACGGGACUUACAACAAAGCUGAACUACUGUAAUCCUUCCACGCAGCCUUCACUGAAACACAACAAAACAUGGAUCAUAACAACAAUUGUGGGCGAACCCUUUGUACAAGAAUUAAAGCAGAAAGAGGGCAACCUGGUUUCACAGCAGGGCGUGGCAAUGAUCAAUGGAAAGCUGUACGAAGGUUUUUGUAUAGAGGUAGCAGAGAAAAUAAAGGAAAGAUAUGAACGACUGGAAGGAAAAGGUCCAGGGUCAUUUAACUAUAAAUUUAAACUGGUGGAUGAUAAUAACUUUGGCAAACCGUACAAAGACAAUGGAACAUGGAAUGGAAUGAUCGGCGAGUUGUUGCAUGGGAAAGCUGAUUUGGCUUUAGCCUCUUUAACGAUCACCCGAGCCAGACAAAGAGUGGUAGACUUUACGAAGCCAUUCAUGAAAAUUGGCAUCAGCAUCAUGAUCAAGAAACCAGACAAGCAAAAACCAGGCGUGUUUUCUUUCAUGAAGCCUCUCGACUCGAUGGUGUGGGUGUGUGUUACCCUUGCGUUUACGGGCGUCAGUCUUGUACUUUUCUUUGUUGGUCGUUGGAGCCCGUAUGAAUGGCGCGCUGAAGCGUCAAGAAAGGAUAUUUCAGUGACAAACGCUUUCACUUUGUCUAAUACUUUGUGGUUCUCUUUGGGAGCACUGAUGCAGCAAGGUUCUGAUAUUUUCCCAAGAUCCAUUUCAGGUCGGAUUGUCGGGAGCGCUUGGUGGUUUUUCACUUUGAUACUAAUUUCCUCCUAUACUGCCAAUCUUGCCGCCUUUCUGACGAUAGAGAGGCUUGUUCCUCCUAUCAAGGGGGUUGAGGAUUUGGUAAAGAGUAAGGACGUGGAGUAUGGAACUUAUAUUGGAGGAUCAACGGAGGCGUUUUUUGAGAUGUCUCAGGUCCCCAUAUACAGACAAAUGUUUGAAUAUAUGAAGAAGAACAAAGAAAGUGUAAUGGUAAAGUCAGACAAAGAAGGAUACCAAAGAGUACGGAAAUCCAAAAACGAUUAUGCAUAUCUAGUGGAAUCGCCUAAAAAUGAUUACCAGAAUCAAAAGAAGCCCUGCAACACCAUGAAAGUGGGAGAAAAUUUAGAUCACAAAGGAUACGGAAUUGCCACGCCUCCUAGCUCAUCGCUCAGAAAGGAUCUGAAUCUUGUGGUUCUAAUGCUGAGAGAGGAUGGUGAACUUCACAAACUGCAAAGGAAAUGGUGGUUUGAUAAGGGGGAAUGUGGUGCCAUGGACUCAAAGGACACUUCUAAAAGUCCGCUGACACUUAGCAACGUCUCUGGAAUAUUUCAUAUUCUGAUUGGUGGACUCGUGCUCUCCAUGCUGGUAUCACUUGUGGAAUACACUGUGCAUCGGCUGCGCAAACAACAUCAAUUAAGAUUUCAAAAGCAACUGGAUGCACCCAGACCCGCCAUAAAGAUUGAAAAGAAAAAUCCUUUGGAGGUAUUGAAAGCAGCCGGCUACACUGGGAUAUGUGAUGAGGCUAAUGCUUACACAUUCAACCCCCCAGAACAGCUUACAACAUUUGAGAGCGGUAAAAAUACAGAUCUUUGAAGAGACCAGUGUGUUAUGAAUGAAAGCAUUACCAUUGUUCUAUAUUCGAUGACAUUUUUCAUAAUCCCUUUGACAUCCAUUGGAUAUUAUCAUAGUUUCAUAUGAGUUGUCAGUGUAGAUUUGCAUAUUUAGAUAUUUUAAAUAUUUAUAUAUUCAUUUGUAAACAUAUUAUGAAUAUGUAUGAAUAUAUUAGCAGUAUUGUUCUCAUCCAUUACCGUUAUUUUGUUAUGUGUGUUCAUUAUUCAUACCGUUCAAAUAGAAAACCACCCCAUCACCGUAGUUAAUGAAUCUAUGUUUUGGCCCUAUUACAUGCAGCAUGAUUGCUGAGAAGAAUAAUAGCAGCCCCCCCCCCCCCCCAUUUUACAAUAGGCGGGUAAUCUGACUGACGAUAAUAAAUCCAGAUUUUGGGAGGAAUUUGGAUCAAAGAAUGUUUUAGGGUAUGCUACUCAGCAUUAGAAUGUGAUUGCAGUCUGGAGGAGGAAUAAAACACCGGAUAAAUCUUGUAUGGAUGAAAGGUGGAGGAUAUAUGCAAUGACAUUUUGAAAUUUACCUUACUUAGUUUUAAAAUGCUGUUUUAGUUGAAUUUAAGCAGUUGACACGUUAACCUACUGAGCUAUACCCAAUUAGAUUUAAAAGGAAUAUACAAAUAUUGCUGAAAUUUAUAUUUCUAUGUCAGCCAAUGUAUUAUUUCUCCUUAGAUAAAGUACCCAUCUUUCAAAUGUUUUAUGUUCUUUUUAAAUUAAGAAGAAAGUCAAAAAUUCACAUGUAAACUUUGAUGCAUUUACAAUAUUUCUAUUUGCUUUCUAUUCAUAAACAAUAUGUUUAUGCCUCAGAGAUGAAGAAGAAUAUUGUGUAUUUUGGUCCGUCUUUUUGUCACUUCCUCCGUCUUUAGCUUUAAAAUGACAUGACCGGCGACUUUCAUUUCCUUUAACUUCCAUGAAGAUUUGUAAGUUCCAACACACAAUACACUUUUUAUGGCAUUAAUCAAUGAAUCAUAUAGUCAUGUCCUGACUAUCAAUCGGAAAACAAGCCUUAUUUGGCACCGAUCAAAGCUGUUUUAUGUCAACAAACAGGUGCACCAAUAUGAUACUAAUAUCUGGUCUAUGUAUACAUUCAUAAACCUUUGUCUUACAUAUAGUGUGGAACAUUAAAAAAUAUUUUUAUUGCUUUA